ACACUACGGCAUAAAUCGUCUCUCUAGAAAGUUGAACGACCAGCAAAGUUAAGCAUCCAACGAGAGGAAAGAACGAGGCAGAUAGCCACCCACAAGGCCACAAAAACUAGAGACCGAGCUGUUCAUACGAGUUCAAGAGACGUUCGCUGGCCCUUGUCGUCACGUAUAACGCCACUUCUCUCUCUUUGUCAAACAAGAAUUCCGAGGAUCCUUAGGGACCUUCACCAUCCACACCCCUUCCUCCUUUCUUCGUUCCUUGGAGAUGCUUCAGAUGCUUCAGAGAUGCUGCUGUUGCUUCUCCGGCGAAUUAGGAGCAAAGCCCCGAUCAAAGAAGAGCGAUGACUAUCCAUGGGAGAACUACACCCUUAAAGAUCUCAUCCACGCGACCAACAACUUCAAUAACAAGAACAAGCUCGGCGAGGGUGGCUUUGGGACUGUCUAUUUUGGCCAAACCAGCAAAGGAGAAGAGAUAGCAGUGAAGCGGCUGAAGGCCAUGACAGCCAAGGGCGAAAUGGAAUUCGCUAUCGAAGUAGAGAUCCUGGGAAGGGUGAGGCACAAGAACCUGCUGAGCCUUAGAGGAUUCUACGCAGGUGGAGAUGAAAGGCUAAUUGUCUAUGACUACAUGCCCAACCUCAGCCUCAUCAGCCAUCUCCACGGUCAACGCGCCACUAACCUCCUGCUGGACUGGCCUCAGAGGAUGAAGAUCGCCAUCGGAGCCGCCGAGGGACUAGCGUACCUGCAUCAUGAGGCCAGCCCCCAUAUCAUCCACAGGGACAUCAAGGCCAGCAACGUCCUCCUUGACGCCAAUUUUAAUGCCAAGGUGGCCGACUUUGGAUUCGCGAAGCUGAUACCGGAAGGCGUCAGCCACCUGACGACGAAGGUGAAGGGGACGCUGGGCUACCUGGCGCCCGAGUACGCCAUGUGGGGGAAGGUGUCGGAGAGCUGCGACGUGUACAGCUUCGGGGUGCUGCUGCUCGAGAUUGUGAGUGCCAGGAAGCCGAUCGAGAAGCUGCCAGGCGGCGUCAAGCGGGAAAUUGUGAACUGGGUUACGCCGCUGGUGGAGAGGGGCAGGUGGGAUCAUGUAGCAGACUCUCGGCUGGGAGAAAAGUUAGACAAGGCACAGCUGAGGAAUGUGGUGGAGGUGGCGAUGCUGUGCACUGAUGGCAAGCCGGAGAACCGGCCCACGAUGCUGGAGGUUGUGGAGCUUCUCAAGAGUGCUGUGCGGGAUAGGAGGACCAAAGAGGUGGUGCUGAAGGAUGAGGAUGAUGGUGGGAUUGGCGAGCCUUCUUACUCUGAGAAGAAGAGCUGGAAAACAUCAAGAAUGAGGUGAUAGUGUUUUCUACGUAGGGAAUAUGGUAUUGCUGAUGCAUGUAUUCAAUCUUGGGCAAGGAAUUAUUUGCAAUCAACAACAAAAUGUAUAAGUUUCGGGCCCAAAUCCGGCCAAUUAGUCACUGCAGAAAGGGAAUUAAGAUGUCUGAAGCAACUAAUUAUCUCGUGUUGGUUCCGUGGAGGGUCAGUAGGAGAAACUCGGCUCACUCUCAACACCUAGGGUUGAAGUCAUUAUUAAAUUUGGAUAAUGGUGAAUUGUUAAUUUGUAUUCGCAUAUACAUACAACAGGACUGUUUGAUAUUGGGUGGGGAUUGGAUUA